GGUCAGCGAAGAUCCGUUCUGACCCGCCUCGUAUCUCGUCACCACCUGCUUUCAGAGCUUGUGGUUGCAUUUCGCUUUCUGCUACCCUCUUUGCGUCCUCUUCACGUCCGCUUCGCGUCCUUCGUAUAGCACUCCCUCUGUUUGUUUGACGAGAUGGCCUUCGUCGCUCCGAUGCUCCUGUGGACGACCCACAACGUCGGCAACUUCAUUCAGAACGUCCGCGGCGAGAAGACGACGGACAAGCAGAAGAAGGUGCACGAGAAGCUCGAGAAGGAGGCGUCGGGCCUGUCGGGCAAGCUGGACGGUCACACCAAACGCGCCUACUCGGUCGCUGCGCGACUGAUGACAGGGGACGGGCACCUGGAGAGGUGAGCUGGGCCAUACACACAUGGGAUGGGACGCACUGGGUGGGAGAGGGGAGGGGCGUAUUCAUGUGCAAUCCCGUGUCUCUGUCUGGUUUGUGACUGCAGGAUGUCUGAGGCCCGGCUGCAGCGUGCGUUGAAGUACAACAGCAUCUACCACUCGAUGGGCCACGCCGUGGUGGCGAAGCGCGAGAAGAAGCUCAAGGACCCCAACUUCAAACCCGCCACCGGCGGCCUCUUCGGCGAGGUCCAGCGGGGCGCAUAGACCCACGGCCUCACACCAGCGCCACCACACGCCGGUGAGACAGACCACACCACACGCACAGACAGAGGCCUGGCUGGGGGACGCAAUGCACUUCACUGCUCACCUGUUAUGUGUUUGGUGCGUUGUGGUGGUGUGUGGCAGGUGGUGCGGUUUUCGUUUCGUUGUGCCGAUCUUUUUUCAUUUUCGACCGACCAGACCAACGGGUCUUGUGCAGCUGACUGACUGACUCGUGGGUGUGUGGCUGUCUGUGUUGAUAACGACGGACGGGCGUCAAUUUUGGGGACCGACCAGCUGGCAGACAGCGGCGUUUUGCCGACCAGCUCAACAUACACACCAUGUGGCCCUUCAUGGCAUGUGUGUGGGUGGUGCUGUGCACGCCCACCCACACAGGCAGUGUGCUGCACGAUGCCCGUGUUUGAGAAGGUGUGUAUGUGUGUCGGGGAGGGGAGGGGAGAGCAGUGGAUGUGUGGUGUGAAGGUGAGGGGACGUGGUCUGGGUGCCGCGGGCGGUGGGGCUGCAAAACAGACGUUUGGACAGCCAGCGGCCUGGGUGCGCUCUUGUGACACGCCCCGGGGAUCGUACAAGGACUCGGACAGACAGAAGGGAAGGGCUCGAUAGAAAUGUGUGAAGAGUGUGUUCACUACCCUUGAAGUGCGUCCCUCUAUAGUCGGCUGUCUGACUGACUUGUCUGACUGACUUGUCUGAAUGUCUGUAUCUCAUGAACCACGCUUUAAUGCUCAUGGUGUGAACGUCUGCCUGUCUGCCUGCCUGCCUGCCUGCCUGCCUGAGGGUCUGUGGACGAGUGGGUCUGCCACGCGCCCCACGCCUUCCUACCUACUGGAACCUGCAGACACCUUUCUGAUGCGUGUGUGCUGUGAGGGAGUGCAGUGCGUGUGUACGUUGACGAGCGUGAGCUCGCUGGCAGCUGCUGCUUUCAUGUGUUAAUAUCACGGAUGCGUUGGCCUUGACAUGAAUGUACGUUGUUUAAUUCGCUCCUUGAUGGAACAGCGUCACUCUCCACCCCCAACACAGAUAUUGUCUGAACACAC